CUAAACCUUGAAAAAAAUGGAUUCAAUUGACUAUUAAGAAGCUAAAUUCAAAUUUUAAGGGGUGCGUAAACACUUUUUUAAGGAUGCUAUAUAUCAUAUAACAGUGUUUGAAGAUAUGGUCACAAUGGGAGCAGUAGAAAUUAUUUCUAAUUGUUUUAGACUUCAGAUUGCCAAAACCCAAAAUACAAAAUAAAGUUGAAUCUUGAGACAAAAAUAAAUUGGGAAUUGCGAAAGAAUAAAAACGAACUUGAUUGCUUUGAGUUUGAAUAUUAAAACAAAAGAAAGGUUGUUCAUGCUUAACCAAAUGAUUUAUAUAAGUACAGGUCUGAUUGAUAAUUUAGAUUCAAAGAACUAUUGGCAGGAAAAGUGACUUUUGAAGGUAUUGGUGAUUUAUUCUAGCCUCUAUACCAGAUAGGAAAAGGAAGUUCAGCAAAAGUACAGUUUAUUUGUAUAUAUAUAGGUAUAUAGUGCAAAAAGUGCUUUAGAUUAGAAGGUUUAUGCAGUGAAGGCUAUAGAAAAGACAUUUCUUAAGAUAUCAGAGAAUGGAAAUGGAAUUGUAUAUAGAUAAAUUAGAUUUUUAGUAAGCUUUUUAAUCAGAAGUUCAAAUUCUAAGAGCAUUAUAAUAGUAUGAAAAUAAUUUUCUUGUUUUGAAAGAGAUUUAUGAAGGUGAUAAUACAUUAUAUGUGGUUACAUCUUAUUUAGAAGGAUUGAGUCUUAGUGGAGAAUUGGAAAAAGCUAAAGUAAAACAAAAUUUAAUGCUUAGACUCUACCUAAUAAAAGACUACCAAUAAAUAGUAUAAAGACAAUAAUGAGGAAACUUUUAUGUAAUUUAAAAAUUUUACAUUCUCAUAGAGUAUACAAUAUUAAAUAUCGUUUUAGAUUAUUCAUAGAGACUUAAAACCAGAUAAUUUAAUGUUUUCUAAAAAGAAUGAUUAUACAUCUUUAGUUUUGGUUGAUUUUGGAUUAGCAACAUCAGAACUUUUGGAUAAGUAAUUUUAAUGAAUAAUUUUAGAUAUUUAUUUCCUAAAUGUGGAACACCUGGUUAUGUAGCACCUGAGAUAUUGAGUUCAAGAUUAGAAUAAAGAUAUAAUUGUAAAGUAGAUAUAUUUUCUGCUGGAUGCAUUUUUUAUAAAUUACUAACUGGACAUAGUUUAUUUAUUGGAUAAAACUUUGAUGAAGUAUUAAAGUCAAACAAAACAUGUUAGAUUGACUUAGAUUUACCAAUGGAUGGUAUUUAUAUCACAGAAUAAUCAAUGGUAAUUAAAUUAUUUUAAAAUUAGGAUAUACUACGAAGAAUGCUUAUUAAGAAUCCUAAGGUAAGAAUUAGUGCUUCUUAAGCAUUAUCUCAUACCUUUUUUGAUUCAAAUAGUGAUUUUAGUACUCAGGCUAUUUAAUCCACUGGUUAGUUUAUCUAAAAAAACGCUAUUUAUUAAUUAAAUUUAGCAGAAUCUGAAUCUAAAUAUAAUAGUUAAAAUGAGAUAAAUGAUGAAUAACAAUAAAAUUCUAAAAUAAAUGAUAUCAAAAGAUACUCAUUAAUGAAUGAAAUACCAGUAUCUGCAAAAAGAGGAAGUGGAUAGUUUUCUGGUAUUUUUUAUCAAAAGGAUCCAUUAUCAGCUAUAAAAUCAAUAAAAAUUCAUAGUGAAGCAUCAUAAUAACUUAAAUUAAGUAAUCAAUUGUCACCUUCUUAAUUUUGA